GGCGGCGGGCGGCAUUCUGGCGCGGAGCGGAGCGGCGGCGGGUGCAGCUAGCGGGUUGGGCGCGGAGCGGGGGUGCAGCUCGGUUUCCCCCCGACACCCCUCCCCCUCAGGCGCGAGCCCCACCCCUCCGGCGGCCAGGCCCACCCGACCGAACUAUCCCCUGCGGCGCGAGCCCGGGGCGGCUCCGGGCGCCCCCCAGCAGAACCCCCACCAUGGGCAGCCAGAGCUCCAAGGCUCCCCGGGGCGACGUGACCGCCGAGGAGGCAGCAGGCGCUUCCCCCGCUAAGGUCAACGGACAGGAGAACGGCCACGUGAAAAGCAAUGGAGACUUAUCCCCCAAAGGUGAAGGGGAGUCGACCCCCGUGAACGGAACAGAGGAGGCAGCCGGGGCCACUGGCGAUGCCAUCGAGCCGGCACCCCCUAGCCAGGGCGCUGAGGCCAAGGGGGAGGUCCCCCCCAAGGAGACCCCCAAGAAGAAGAAGAAAUUCUCUUUCAAGAAGCCUUUCAAAUUGAGUGGCCUGUCCUUCAAGAGAAAUCGGAAGGAGGGAGGGGGUGAUUCGUCUGCCUCCUCACCCACAGAGGAAGAGCAGGAGCAGGGGGAGAUCGGUGCCUGCAGCGAGGAAGGCACUGCCCUGGAAGGGAAGGCUGCCGCCACCCCUGAGAGCCAGGAGCCCCAGGCCAAAGGGGCAGAGGCUAGCGCUGCCUCCAAGGGAGGAGACACAGAAGAGGCAGGGCCCCAGGCCGCAGAGCCAUCCACUCCCUCGGGGCCGGAGAGUGGCCCUACACCAGCGAGCGAGCAGAAUGAGUAGCUGGGUGGGGGCAGGUGGGUGAUCUCUAAGCUGCAAAAACUGUGCUGUCCUUGUGAGGUCACUGCCUGGACCUGGUGCCCUGGCUGCCUUCCUGUGCCCAGAAAGGAAGGGGCUGUUGCCCCCUAGCCACGUUCCCUCUCCUCCUCUCCCUCCUGUGGAUUCUCCCAUCAUCCAUCUGGUCUUCCUCUUAAGGCCAGUCGAAGAUGGUCCCUUGCAGUUUCCCAAGUUAGGUUAGUGAUGUGAAAUGCUCCUGCUCCUGUCCCUGCCUCCUUCCCUGUCCCCACCUGUCCAGAAGGCAAUUGCUGGUUUUCUUCCCCAAUUCUUUUCCAAGUAGGCUUUGUUUACUCCCCAAAUCCCUGAGCCAGAGGUGGGGGUGCCUACUCCCACGCCCUGAGUGUCCACCUUCCCGUUGUUUGUAGUCUCCUGUGCUGGGCCUAGUGGCCCCUGGGCUGGGGAGGACACUGCCCCUGUCUAGGUUUUUCUAAAUGUCUUACUCAAGUUCGAACCUCCAGCUUGUGAAUCAACUGUGUCUCUUUUUUGACUUGGUAAGCAAGUAUUAAGCUUUGGGGUGGGGGGGAGGUAUGUAAUGUGAAACAACUUCUUGUUGUCUUUUUUUUUUCCCCUCCCAUUGUUGUAAAUAACUUUUAAUGGCCAAACCCCAGAUUUGUAAUUUUUUUUUUUUUUCUAACUGCUAAAACCAUUCUCUUCCACCUGGUUUUACUGUAACAUUUGGAAAAGGAAUAAAUGUUGUCCCUUUA